UAUAUACAGCGGAGACAUUAUGGUGUUCCCCACUCCGCCCACCACCUCCAAAUAUUACGGUGUCAACAUUCAACACUGCAAGUCAGCAUCCCGGGAACAGCAGGUCAACAUGGUGGCCACGUGGAACAGUCGUCUGGUGCUAGUGUUCUCUCUGCUAAUGUUGCAUAAGGCAUUUGCUUCUCCCGAGAUAUCUGAUGUUGCAGCAGUUUUCUCCAGUGGUUUUCCAGGUAUUAUUCCAUCAGGAAGAACCAUCCGUGGCCAAUGUAAGCCAUGUCCAAUAGACCAUCACCUCAUAUCAUACAAAAAUUGCCAGUGCGCCAAGACCUGGAACGAGCCUGGCAUUUGACCUCGCCACAUACUAACCAGUAAGUCCAAGCUUUCCUACAUGUUCGUAAGUGAUUUGUGCAAAGUGACUUAAUUAGUAAAAAUUAAUUGAGUAUGGGAAAGACUAGUUGGCCUGUACACCAGAGACCAACAACAGUACCA